AUGCUCUCCACUCGCCUCAUCUUCCUGAUGGCUCUCCUCAUGGUCCUGAUGGCUGAGCUGACCUCCAGUGCCAGGACCACACGCAAACCUCAAAGCAGCAAGAAGCCUCCACGAGCUGGGAGCAGUGGUGGAGGUGGGGGUGGCGGUUUUGGACGAACCACCACCUCCCCAUCCAGCAGCCAGCACACGGAGGAGAUCACUGAGGUUAUGAUUGACACUUACUCCCUGUCCUCAACAGACAGCACCACCUACUCUAAUGAAGCUUACUCCACCGAGUUCCACACAGAAGCCAUAGUUCCUCUGGGGAACGCCGACGGAAACUACACCCUCGACUACAAUGAAUGCUUCUUCAACUUCUGUGAGUGCUGUCCGCCAGAAAGAGGCCCGGCAGGGCCCGUCGGAGAGAGAGGGCAACCGGGACUGACAGGAGAAAAGGGCCCUCCAGGGUUGCCAGGAGGGAACGGAGAAACAGGGCCAAAAGGUGCACCAGGACCAGCAGGACUACCCGGAGUCAAUGGACUCAAUGGCGAUUUAGGUGAUAAAGGUGAACAAGGACCUGUGGGUCUUCCUGGUAUCCCCGGGAUCCCAGGAAAAACAGGAAACAAAGGUGAUCCUGGCCCCAGAGGAGAGAAAGGUGAACGUGGCUUCAGUGGUCUGAAAGGGGACCCGGGAGAAAGAGGAGAGCCUGGCCUGAAUGGGACUAAGGGCAGCACUGGGCGAGAGGGGCCCAUGGGUCCCCUGGGGAUGUCUGGGACAAAGGGUCAGAAAGGUGAACAAGGACUUACAGGCAACGGUUUACCGGGUGACAAAGGAGAGAAAGGUGAUGUGGGCGACCUUGGGCCUCUUGGUCUAAGAGGUGAGAAGGGCCCCCCAGGAGUGAAUGGAACUGGUGGUGAAAAGGGAGAGAGAGGAGGGCCAGGGCCUCCAGGAGGGAAGGGAGAUGUUGGGGCAAGAGGGCCCCCAGGACCUCUAGGCGGGAGGGGUAUGGCAGGGCUGAGGGGGGAGCGCGGGCCCAAAGGUGGACGUGGGCCUAGGGGCCCUAAAGGCCAACAAGGUGAGAGUGUGGAGCAGAUUCGCUCUGCCUUCAGUGUGGGUCUGUUCCCCAGCAGGUCCUUCCCCCCACCCGGUCUACCUGUGAAGUUUGAUAAGGUGUUCUACAAUGGGGAGGGGCACUGGGACCCGGCACUCAACAAGUUCAACGUCACCUACCCAGGGGUCUACUUAUUCAGUUACCACAUCACUGUGCGCAACCGGCCCCUGCGUGCUGCCCUUGUGGUUAAUGGGAUUCGGAAGCUGCGGACUCGGGACUCUCUGUACGGCCAAGACAUCGACCAGGCAUCUAACCUCGCACUGCUGGAGCUGAACAGAGGUGACCAGGUGUGGCUGGAGACGCUGAGGGACUGGAACGGGAUUUACUCCAGCACUGAAGAUGACAGCACUUUCUCCGGCUUCUUGCUUUACCCAGAAUCAAAGACCAAACCUAUUGCUGUAGAAAACCUGUGACUGCAACCUUUGACCUUUCAUGAGCUCUGACUGAAACUUCAAGUAGAUUCCUCACAGCCUUCAGCCUCCUGCACUGCUCUGUCAAACCAAUAUGAUUCAGCUGAUUCUGCUGCUUCAGUAUCUGCUGCUGUCGAGCUAAUCAAACCAAACCCUCUGCUUGCUCUGCUGUAUU